GUAUAUUGGUUACCUUCAAAGAUACCAACUGUACCAAGCUGCCAUGUCCAGACCUCAUUUCCAUGAACAGCCAAGUUAUAUGAGAGAUUAUGAGAACCAGAGUAUGAGUAUGUUUUUACCACCAGAUGAAAAUGUGCAGGAACUAGGGGAGAUAAAUAUGGGUUUUGACAGUACGAUAAAUAGAGGACCACAACGGAGACCACCUGUAGAUGACCCUGUCUUUGCACCAGCUGAGCCAACAGAACCAUCAACCGAGGCUACUGAAAUAAAUACAGCAACUGAACAAUAGAUACCUUCUCUAACAGUAUCUUCUACUUACAUUAUAUAUUUUACACUAACAUAAUUGCUCAUUUUGUAUUUUUUGAUAAAUUUUCCAUUUUUUUUUUCUAUUUUUGUCACAUCUUCCCAAAAUAUUACAAUUUUACAUUUUUGAAUUUAAAUUGUUUUUUGUUUUGUUUUGAAUCUCAAAUAUGUGUAUUUUCUAUAAAUGUUGCAUUUUCAAAUUGUUAUAUCUCUGUUGAAUUUAGAAUAUAUAUAUUUUUAUUUGUUAAUUUGUUCAAAUAUUUAUGUAUAUUUUAUUGUAUUGCAAUAGUUAAAAAUCAAAAUCAUAUUUUUUUAAAUAAAUCUGAACACUUAUUUUUCAAACAGAACUUCUUUUUUGAUAAUUGGUUUUCGUAUUGGAGUUUGAAAUCUGUUAUUGCAAAAUCAAUAUCAAUAUAUUUUUUGUAAAAAUUAAAUCUAGUGAUCAAUGAGUCCGAAUCAAAAUCAAUUAAAUUUGUUAUGAAAUAAUUUUAUUAUAGUCUAUUGUUAUUAAAGUUGAAAUUUCAUACAUUCCAAAUAUUUUAUUGUUAGUUAUACAAUUUUUACACAAAUUCUACAAAUUAGGUUGUUAUAUUAUAUUCAUAUCAUAUAUUUUUUUUUAACAAGAUACUAUCAUAAUCCUUUUUCUAAUAAAAUUUAUUUCUUUAAACUUUUUUUUUACCUCUGAUAUCUUCUAUAUGAGUGUUCUGAAAUGUGAUUUAAACUAAUGUUUCAAAAACAAAAUCACUGC